UAUACAGCUUUCUUUCACUUUGACAUGGCAUAUGAACAUAAAACCUGUCACUGAAAAUUGUGUUAGGAUAUAUUUAAGUAUAUCAGCAAUAAAAGUGGUAGCAGAGGACUAGACACCAUUAUACAUUUCUAGACUUGGAGAUAUACUUGACACCCUGAACUUUUCACCCAAAUCAGUGCAGCUUUUUUAUCUGCAAGGAUGGAUUGCUGAGAAAAAAUAAAAUAAAUUAUUUUGGAGAUGUUUCAAAAAGUGUGGAAAAGCUUUAAAAACCGGAAUGGAAACUUGUUGGUUGCCCUGGUUUUAAUUGCACUGGGUGGUAUAUUUUUUACUUUAAGAAUUAUUGAGUUGUCCAGGUCAAGACACAAUUGUACCUAUGAUGAGCCUAUAGACAUUGUAUACACUUGGGUCAAUGGGUCAGACCCACGCUUCAUUGAAAAAAUGAAUGCAUACUUAAAACUUAGCUUAAAGGAUAGGAGUGUUGAUGCUUCAAAGCAAAGAUAUAAUGAUAAGAAUGAGUUAAGGUUCUCUCUAAGGUCUUUGGAAAAAUAUGCUCCAUGGUUCAAUCAUGUUUACUUGGUAACCAAUGGCCAGAUCCCUUACUGGUUGAAUUUAGACUAUGACAAAAUUACUGUUGUUACUCACGAGGAGAUAUUUAGAGAUCAAGAUAACUUACCAACUUUUUCAAGCCCAGCCAUUGAAAGCAAUUUGCAUAGGAUACCAGGACUCUCAAACAAGUUUAUUUACUUCAAUGAUGAUAUUUUCUUAGGAAAACCGAUGUACUUGGAUGAUUUCUAUUUAAAAAGUAAAGGGUACUUUGUAUUUCUUGCUUAUAUUUUGCCAAGUUGCGGGCGUAACUGCCCAUGGUUAUAUGUUGGCGAUGGCCAGUGCGAUGUCAGUUGCAACAAUCCAAAAUGCCAAUUUGAUGGUGGAGAUUGUGAUGAUCAGCAAGAAAUAGAUAAGUCGCUGCAUUCUACAGAAUCACAAAAUUCAAAAGUGAAGCAAGAAUUGGAUCAUUUAAGAGACAAUGAGCGAGCAGUACACAAUAAUAUUAAUACUAUAAUUACACAGGCUAAUAUCAAUAAUUAUACUAAAGUCAAAAUAAAUAAUAUAGGAUUUAAGACUGAUAAAAUAAUUGGAGGAAAUGAGACUAUUGCUAAGUUGGUGCAUGAGCAUAAUAAGAAGAUUUUGGUUAAAAAUAAAAUCAUUAGUAGAAGGCAAAAGAGGACUCUUUCCAAGAGUACUUUCCAUUCGGAACCAAAAUUAAAACCUGGCCGCUCACAUGGCAUAGAUGGUUUUUUUGAGUCUCUGAUGUAUACUCAAAGACUUUUGAACAAAAAAUAUGGAUACAAGUCAAGAUACGUGCCUGCCCAUGCUCCUAUUUUAAUCGAUAAAAAUAUUAUGAAAGAGUUGCAAGAUACUUUUCCAGUAGAAUACGAGCUUACAGAAAGAAAUCGGUUCAGGCAUAACAACGAUAUGCAAUUUGGGUUUAGUUACUAUUACUACCUCAUGUCCGAGACUGUUAAAAGAUCUGUUGAGGACAUUUUCGAUGAGUUUGAUACAGAUCAGUCACUCACCUGGUCUGAUAGGGAAAUCAGAAAUUUGUUGACUAAAAUAUAUGAACUGCCUUUGAGUUAUGAAAUGGUUGAUCAUUUCGAAAGCAUUUUACUCAACUGCAGCGAGCUGCUGGGCUCUUCUGAAGUGCCAACACCUCCUUAUGAAAGAUACAUCGAUUCUCGACUGCCAACUAUUAGUAAACAUUUAAUAACACAGUGUCCAUUUUUGAGUAAGUUUUUAAAAAGCAAAUUCGGGCAGAAACUAAAGUAUCAGUUCGAAGUGAUUCAAGAUGCGGAGAAGAGUGUUUCUACUUUUAAAAUGCUUGUUUCGAAUAUUACAAACGCUGUUAUGACCUUGGAUGAAGUCCGAAGUAAACCAACGAAAUUUGUAUGUUUGAAUGACAAUUUGGUUGAAUCAAAAUCAACUGAAAACGAACUUAUCCGAGCAAUUUUGUACGACUUUUACUUAUCUCUGUUUCCUCACCCAAGUAAAUUUGAGCUUCCAGAAAAUGCAAGAAACCGAUUCUUACACAUCAAUGAUUUGAAGGAGUGGAGGAGGCGGCAUAUGAUUGUACAAAUAUUUGUAUGUCUUGCCAUACUCUCUAUGGUUGUUAUUACAUUUUUUAACGUAUUUAAAAAGGGUAUAUGUCGAAUAUUUCGGGAGCUGUGUGUUUAGAGAUGAGGAUAGUUAUUGUUAAAUAUCAUUUAUUUUUAAUAGUUUAUAAUAUGUUGACUGAUUUCUGCCUGUUCUAGCGGACACUUGCCAAUUGUACUUAAAUUGUAAAUAAAUGGACGUUUUUGUUAAA